AUGAGCGUUGAAGACGAAUGGAGGAGCGUACGUCCUGUCCAGAGAGGCAAGACCGAGGUCAUAUUCUGCAGAGACGAGAAGGGAAACUCUCUUCCGCCGAAGAUCUUGGAGAGUGCUACUAGCGACUCACCGGAAUCGAUAGUCGACUAUACUGGGUUCUAUAAACCAUACCUGCGUUGGCCAGGAGCGAUUGCUCCGGACCGAGACUCUGGUCUGAGCUGCCCUCCGGCUGAGGAUUGCCCGUCUAAUGUUAGCGGAAGACUCAGGUCACACUCGCUCCAAGAAGGCAAACCUGGCAAACUCGAGGAGUCUUGGAAUCUGCUCACCAUGAUUAAGAAUUGGGUGUUCAAUGACUAUGACCCUCCGGCGAAAAGGGGUGGUUUAAGUCCCAAAUCCUCAAGCCGCCACGAACACACACAGAUCUCGAACACAGGAAGUCCCUUUUUCAGAGACUUGGAGGCUGGAAUGCUGGGUCCCAGCUUCUUCGACUAUUCUUCCGACGAGGAACUCGAUACUAGCUUCCAUACUGCACGUGAUGAAAGCAGUGAUUCAACCAAUGAAACAAUCUCGUUAGAACGUCUCUCCAGCCAGGAAACUCUCUUCGGGGACAAGGAGGCUGAGAAACUAAACGCAAAGCCACGAAGUCCCAUGGAAAGCGGGUUCACCGAAUGCAGUGUCUAUGGCUUUUCUGGAAAGUCCCCCAAACUCCCCAAAGGCAGAGAGAGUCUUCUCGGAGGGGAUGAAGAUAAGCCCAGGAGGCCUUCCCCCAAUGAGCCACGAGUCAGCAAGCCCUUCUCGAGGCUGAUCCUUGAAAGCGACUGGGAGCUCAAUUUUAGCCUAGGGGCCAGUCUAUUCUAUGACCUUGUUGAAGAACAGGGGCCGACGGGACAUGUAGUAGGAGGGUCAACCGGUAAGAUUGGAAACAACAAGGGAGGACAAGAGAAGUGA